GCGCCAGAUCGCGUCCUCCUCGUCCAGAGCGCUAAGAAGAACAUUAGUCGGAUUCAGUUGAACAAGAGGAUAGGAAAGCAGCACGAUUUGCAGGAGAGGUCAAACAGCAGGAGGCUUGAACGUGGAGAGGAGUUAGAUCGCCUACAUCAUUCACCAGAGUGAAAAUCAUUCAUAUCCAUGCUUUUCCAAAACACUGAGCAUUCCAAUUAUGUAAAAACAGGACUAGUGCGAAUUCCACUCAUCACAAGAACAAGAAUACGAAUAUUGACGAUCAUAACAUCACUUCAUCUGAACCACCGUAGGCGUGGCGGAGUUGAGGGCAUUGUCACUGUUUCUAGUGAGUCCUUUCGGUCUCCUCAUUCCCAUUCUACUUUUGGUGGAUCCUUUUUACUUCAAAUUCCUCGUUUAUUUGAAGACAAAAUCAUGCUGGACGGCAACGAGACGACUGUAGCGGCACGACCACAAAGAAACGAUCCCCAGGGCCAGGGAGGUGUCGACACAUCACUGCUAGCGCAGGAGGAGGUGGGAGCAUGUCGUGGUCGACAAACGACCUCCACUCCCAGAGCAAAACUAGAUCUGCAAGAGCCAGGAGAGUUCUCUGCGGCAACUUGUACAGCAGAAAACCCCAAGCAUUGCCCAUCUUGGACGGAAGAAAACAAAGUUGCUCGUGCGUCAAUAUAG